AUGCCUCCUCCGUCCUCCGGCCCUCCUCUUCUCCUCCUCCUCGUCCUCCUCAUGUGUGCUGAGCUGUGGAGCUACGAGGCUCCUAAGCAUAAGCAGGAUGUGUUUGCCAGAAGAGCCUGUCCCGCCUUCCUGACCUUCACCAACGCUGCCUACCUGGCUGGAGUCACUGUGGAGCUUCCCUGCCACUGCAAACCACAGCAGAUCCAAUCAGUUGUGUGGUUCUUUCGGAAACAUCUAAGCGGCUCCAAGGAGACCAGAGCCCUGACAGAUCACCAUGGCAACAGGCUGCUGGACCCCAGACGUGUCCCUCACAGCGGCGACCUGCGGAGUCGAUUCUCCAUCCGUCUCUUCAGCCUGCUGAUCUUCAGGGCGGGGACAGACGACUCCGGUGUCUAUAUCUGCGGCUCCGUCCACGAGGACUUCUUUUAUGGUUACGACCUCGACAUCCAGGAGGCUCGUACGCUCAGCUUCACUCCGAGGAUCACUCCAGGAAAUACGACCAAGAAACGGACAGAAAGAAAACGACUGCGCUCUGCUCAGCCGCUGUAUCGCGUCUUCACCGCCUUCCGGCCGUGGUCUGUGUGCGAUCGCUGUGGGGUACCCGGAGAACAGGUCCGUGUGGGACUCUGCUACGUCCACUCUCGCUACCUGCAUGUACGCUACAGGCGGGCCAAUCAGACAGUCGCUUCCUGCGGCUCAGGGGCGGUGCCCUCCGCGUUUGGACAACUGAAGCAAAGCAGAAGUGGAGCCAAGCUGGAGGUCAAAAGCUGUCAAGUCACAUGUGCGCCUAAAGCACCGCCGUCCUCCAAAAUCCUGGCUCUGAUGGUGUUUCUUGGGUACAGUUCUGCCUCCCGGCCAGCAGAGGUACCGGUGUUCUACCUGAACCACCCUGCGGACCGUGUCCUGACGCUGGGCUGUCCCGGGGCACGACCUAACAUGGCCGUGGCCUGGGACCGCGGAUCUUUACCCAUUUACAGAUGUGAACACGCGGCAGGUCGUAACUUCAGCUCCACUCCGCCCAGGCUGCUGAUCGACACCGGACACCACCUGCUGUUUAAACCUGCAAAACUUCAGGACUCAGGUGUCUACUACUGCUGGCUGCAGGGUCGCCGGGCCGCUGAGAUACGCCUGCUGGUUUACGCCCAUUUGGGGCGGGGACAGUCAGUGACAUCACAUCCCGACUUCUUGGCGGCUAUUGAGACAGUGUUGAGAUCGUACGCUGUCAUGACAGCUGUAUUUCUACUGCUGUUGUGUCUUAAGGCUGGAGUCAGAUACCUCAGAGACACCACCGAAACACACGUGGAUUGA